GCUGGCAAUGUGUCCUGCACAUCACAGUUGCAACAUUAUUUGAUAUUGCAUGGGGAAAUGUUUGACUUGUGACUAACAUUGUGAUUCAUAGUUGUGAUUUAUCGAUCAUGAAUGUUUUGUAAAUACUGGACAAUGUUCAAAAACACUCGGGGAGGUUUCCCUGUUAUAAUCUCAUAGGGAACACAGAAUAGUAACUUCCAGUUCAAACAAUACAUUUGAAUCAUCGCAUGAUAUGCUAGCCUAUGUGUUGACUGCGUGAUGCAGUUAGGUUAGGUAGUGUGUGUGCGCGUGUUAGCGCUCUCUUUGUUGACUUGCUCUGGCUUAUGCGUUCUCUGGCGCUUGCCCUACUCCAUUCGCCGAAACAGCGAAAACAUUUUCGGGAGGAAUAAACUUUUCUAACGGAGCUGAUCCUUACAGCCCGAGAGGCAGUAGUCCCAGGCCUACUUCAACCUGAACGGCUUGAUUAUGUGGAGGAAAAAAACAGCUCUAGGGGAGUCUGCAGCAUGUCUUGUACUUCUCGCAGUACUCUGCGAUGCCCAUCGAUUCUUGACACAGAGCAAGGCGUCACAGUUCCUGGUGCGUCAGCGACGUGCUAACUCCCUCUUUGAGGAGACCAAUAAGGGAAACCUGGAGCGGGAGUGCAUAGAAGAACUUUGCAACAAGGAGGAGGCGCGAGAGAUCUUUGAGAACUACCCUGAAACGGAGUACUUCUAUCCAAAAUAUGUUGUGUGUCUUGGAUCACACCGUGUGGGCAUCAACCAACCCAGCUCGGACCCCAGCAUCCCUCAGGACCUACGGACGUGUGUCAAAGAGAUCAGUGACCAGUGCACUCCAAUGCCAUGCUAUAAGGAGGGUUCCGAGCGCUGCAUCGAUGGCCAGGCCUCCUUCUCAUGUGUGUGCAAGCCUGGAUGGAGGGGCCUGCGCUGUGAGGAUGACAUCAAUGAAUGCAGUGACCCAGAGUUCCCUGCGGGAUGCAAUCAGAAGUGUUACAACUUCCCAGGCAGCUACCGUUGUAUGUGUGAGGAUGGUUACUUCUCCAACGACAAGACACACUGCACAGAUAUUAAUGAAUGUAUGCUGUACCCUAGCAGCUGUGAGGAGCCGGCUCAGUGUGUCAACACGCCGGGCAUGUAUGAAUGCAGAUGCCCCUCUGGCUUCAAGUACAACUUCACCGCACGAGAGUGUCAGGAUGUGGAUGAGUGUGAGCAGAGCGUCUGUCAGGGUGAGUGUGUGAACACGGAGGGCAGCUACGUGUGUUACUGCGAUGGCCGCAAGGGUCUGGGCCUGGCCCCCGAUGGCCGGUCCUGCGUGGAGAUCCCCGAGUGUGUGCAGCUCCAGGAUGACAGACACUCUGAGAUGCUCUAUCUGGGGGAACAGUUUGCUGGCCUGCCCGUCAUAUAUCUGCGCUUCCGACUCCCAGAGAACACCAAGUUUGCUGCAGAGUUCGACUUUCGCACAUUUGACCCUGAAGGCGUGGUGCUCUAUGCCGAGUCGUCGCACGAAUCCUGGUUCAUGCUUGGCCUGCGUGGGGGCCGCAUUGAAGUCCAGUUCAAGAACCAGCACUCCCUGAAAGUCACCAGUGGUGGGAAGGCCAUCAACGAUGGAGAGUGGCAUGUGAUAUCAGUGGAUGAACUGGAGAACAGCAUCAGUGUCAAGAUCAGUAAAGAGGCUGUCAUGAGUAUCAACAGCCCAGAGAGUCUCUUUACAUCAGUCAAUGGGAAACUGGAGACAAAAGUUUAUAUUGCCGGCUUGCCCAACCGUACUGACAGUGUCAUCAAACCCAUUAACCCACGGUUAGAUGGUUGUAUUCGGGGAUGGAAUUUGAUGAACCAGGGGGCAUCUGGAGUGAAAGAGGUGAUUCAAGGGAAGGAGAGCAAGCACUGCUUUGUGCAUGUGGAGCAGGGGUCCUUCUUCACUGGGGCUGGGCUUGCCCAUUUCAACCUAGACUACAGUGAGGCGGGGUCCUGGAAGGUCAAUGUGAAGAUGAGUAUUCGACCAUCCAGAAGCACAGGGGUCCUGUUUGCACUCAUCGCCAAUAAUACAGUUCCACUGUCAGUGGCCGUUGUCACGCAAGGACCCCAUGACGCAGACCUGCAGUUGUUUCUGGAUGGUGUCGCUGUGGCAACUCUCCAAACUAUGAUGCUGUGUUACCCCGAGCGACUGGAAGUGGAGUUGAACGUGUCGGAGGCAGAGCUCCAGAUUUGGGCCAACUCAAACGACACAGACGUGUCUUACUCUACACAGCCUCUGUUGCAGGAGGCCUUGAGUCGUCUCAAUCUCACCAUGCAGGAGCCUGUUGGCACCUACAUUGGGGGAAUUCCUGAUCUUCCCAUUGCCUCUACCCCAGUGUCCGCCUACUACCAUGGCUGUAUAGAGAUCUCUGUGAAUGGACAACAGCUGGACUUUGAUGAUGCGUUUAGCAAACACAACAGCAUCAAGUCCCACUCCUGCCCCCCGGUGUCCCCCUGACCCACCCAUGGCCUACUAGGAGCAGCGCUUACAGGCAGGUUUCUGUGACACGUCACCAGAUUGCUUUGAUCCAGAAACAAUGAAAAGCAAGAAAGAGCAUUAGGGAAAACUAGAUGAUAGGUUUUUAGUGACUUUGGGUUGGUUGAUCGACUGUUUAUUGGUUUGUACAACUCAUUUCAAAACACACACACACACACACACACACACACACACACACACACACACACGCACAAAGCACACACACACACACACACACACACAAAGUACACGGUCACUCUGAUAUCCUGGGGUAACACUUGUCCCUGGUCCUCCUGAUCACCUCUGAUGAUGGCGUUCACAUGUGCGAGGACAGAUCCUUUCCAAUGCAAACUGCCACUGUUAGAAGUGGAUUCACAUCGAAACACAAUAUAGCGAAAAACGGUAUAACGAAUAUAGUGCAAUGGUUGUAGGGUAAUGCUGUGUAUAUGUGUAGGCUAAUGCUGUGCUUAAUAGCUUUAUGCUGUAUUGUUAGAUGUUAUUUUUGUUAAUAUUUCCAAUGUAAUAAAUCUUUCCCAUUCAUAUUUGUGUGCCUCUGUGUUGAGAAUGAACACAAAUCUGUAAAUGCUAAUGAAAGUAUAAGAUGGGGUAUCAGGAAGGAGAGAAAUGCCCUGAUGGGCUGAACAGCAAACAUGUAGCGUCUGAAGCAGCAUACAUGUAGCAUCUGAAGCAGCACAUUUCAUUUUGUCCCAGCGAAAGCUUCCAAGUUGUCCCUGGAGCAAGGCAUUAUUGUCCUAGAUGUCUUAAGGACAUGAGUACUUAAAGGAAUAAAUAGCUUGUACAAAUGAGGAAAUGCAGGAUAUCUUGUUUCUUUGUUCACCACUUUGAGCGUGCACCUAUUCAAUGUUUUUUUGGAUGUGCGUACACCAAAUCACUAUCUAUGGAAACGUUUUUAUUACAUUGGAAAUAUUAACAAAAAUAACGUCGACCAAUACAGGACACUGUACUAGCACCUUACUGUAUACAUAAUUCCCUUGAAGUGACACAUAUAUAUAUUAAAUUAAAUAAAUUCCCAUCUGCAGGCCGUUAAAACCCACCACAUUCAGAGAGUCUCUGUGACACAUUUUUGGAUUGGCCAGGAAGCCAAUUAGCCUGUAGACUGUAGCCUUCAAUUCCAUCUCAAAACCUUAAUUAAAUGUGAACUAAAGCAUUGCAUGGUAUUAGCCUGCAACCACUGCGCUAUACUUGUUAUACUGAUUUGGCUAUAUUGCGUUUGUUAGGAGUGGAUCUGACAUCUAGGGGCAGUUUGCAUUGGAAAGUGAUCUGACAUCACAGGCUCACACUUUACAACAAUUGGCUGAGGUACUUCAUGUCCCUGGUACAACAAAACAAGUUGUAUAUCAGAGAGACCCAAAGUACACACUUACUAGAAAAACACUCCUCCCGUCUUAGCCUUUUACAAACAGGCUAGUAAUGAUUGCAAGAGCAGUUCUGGAGCCGUAGCCUAAGUUUGUUUGUUACACAAAAUUGAUGCAGAGCUGAGCUCUAAGAGAUGACUAUUCCGUGUAAAUUGGAACAUUAAGACAGUACCUUUAGCACUACCACAGCAUAACCAUAUUCAUAUGUUAACUCAUGCUGGUCAGAUUUGCUGACAUUAUUGUACUUCAUCAUUUUAAAUGAAGCAAGUAUUAUGUUUCUUUAUAGUCUACAAAUACAUGCCCCGCCCUACUCAGAUAAACUUGCUGAAAAGUCUCAGAGCUGAAGAGACCUUGAUGUGACCAAGAGGCAAGUUCAUUUUAAUGUACAGUGUUGGAUGUUUAUUGGAUUUUGAUGGUGUAUCUGUUUAUCUUGUAUUUUAAUAAAAACAACUGAAACCAAAA